CAUUCCAUCCUUAUUAUUAUUCAACUGUGUGAAAUUAUGUAUGAUUUAUGACCAUUGACCUUUUCCUCCACCAUACAUACAUAUAUAAAUGUGUGUAACCAUAUCCAAUACUUUCAUUUUAUGCAUAAUAAUAUCCUUCUCUUAGAUAUUUAAUUUUAGUGUUAUCAAUAAUACAGUUAAGCCACCAAUAUGAAGUUUUCUGCUCAAACUUGGAGGAAUUCAGUUCCAAAUCUUUUGCUAUGGCUUCCUCUAAUAAUCUCACUUCUUUUAUUCCAAUGUCUUGCUAAUAGUUCCCAAACUACAACAAGUGUUGGUGUGAUCAUUGAUGUUAAUUCUGAAAUAGGGAAAAACCAGAAAACAGCUAUGCAAAUUGCAGCUCAAAGUUUCAAUAAUUAUUCCAACAAUCAUAACAUAAUCCUUUUCUUCCGUGACUCUGGUAAAAACCCUUUACAAGCAGCUUCAGCUGCUGAAGAUUUAAUUACUAAAGAGAAAGUUAAAGUCAUUAUUGGCAUGGAAACAUGGCAAGAAGCUGCUAUUGUUGCUGACUUUGGAGCCAAGUUUCAAAUACCAACAAUUUCAUUUUCUUCUCCUCCGUUAGUCUCUUCAUCAUCAAUGCAAUUUCGUUGGCCUUUCUUGAUUCAAAUGGCUCAAAAUCAUUCUGCACAAAUGAACUUCUUAGCUGAUAUUGUCCAUGGUUUCAACUCUCAAAAAGUUAUAGCUAUAUAUGAAGACAAUCCUUAUAGUAGUGAUUUUGGAAUGUUAAACCUCUUAUCGGAGGCUCUCGAAAAGGUUAACUCGAAGAUUGAGUAUCGAUUAGUUCUUCCACCAUUCACUUCUUUAUCAGAUCCAAAAGGGUUUGUUCUUGAUGAACUGUUGAAGUUGUUGCGGCUAAAAUCUCGUGUUUUUAUUGUACUUCAAGCAUCAUUACCUAUGGUGAACCAUUUGUUUAGAGAAGCUAAGAAAAUUGGAUUGUUGGAGAAAGAAUCAACUUGGAUAAUCAAUGAGGAGAUUACAAGCAUGUUAGACUCUGUAGAUACAUCUGUUUUAUCUUCCAUGGAAGGUGUUAUGGGAAUCCAAAUCAACUAUUCUACAAGUUCUAGUGCGUAUACUCAAUUGCAGGAAAAUUUCCAAGACGAGCAUACAGAAACAGUUGAGUCCAAACCAGGAUCAAAUACUUUGCUAGCUUAUGAUGGCAUUUCAGUUUUUACGAAGGCUUUGGAGAAAAUGAAUACUAAUUUUAGUAGCUCAAAGACGUUGUUGGAGGAAAUGUUAUCUUCCAAUUUCAAUGGUUUAAGUGGUAAUAUAAAAUUCAAAGAAAGACAACUAUCCUAUACUCCAAUGUUAGAAGUUUUUAAAGUGAUGAAUAAUGCCAAGAAACAUUUUGAGUUUGACUCUUGGACACCAAAUUUGAAGUUUUCUAGAUCUCUUAAAGAGAGCACAAGUGAUGGUACUACAGAAACUAAGACAUGGAAAGUACCUACUGAUGCAAACCCUUUAAAAGUUGCACUUCCUACGAAUCCUGCUUUUGAUAACUUUUUGAAAUUCUCCCAAAAUCAACCUCCUACCGGUUUUUGUAUUCAACUUUUCAAAGAUAUCAGAGAAAUUUUGAGUGAUCAAUAUUCUGAUCUUCCCUAUGAAUUUUACUACGACUUCAAUGGAUCUUAUGAUGCACUUCUGGAUAAAGUCAUAGAUGAGUCCUAUGAUGCUAUUGUAGGAGAUGUAACAAUACUUGCCAACCGAUCAAAGAAUGUAUCAUUCACUCAACCAUAUACCGAGUCAGGCCUAUCACUCAUACUUCCAGCAGAGAGUGAUGAUUCAGCAUGGUUGUUUAUGAAGCCAUUUAGCACAGAAAUGUGGAUUACUACUGUUGGUAUCCUCAUCUACACAAUGAUAAUCAUUUGGUUCUUGGAACAUCACUUGAAUCCUGAAUUUGGUGGAACAGUGAAAACCCAGAUCAGCACCACUAUGUGGUUUGCUUUUACUUCUCUAUUUUUUGCUCAUAAGGAGAAAAUAAGCACCAACUCAGCAAGAGUAGUAGUUGGAGUAUGGUUAUUUCUCGUGUUUGUUAUAACCUCAAGUUACACUGCAAAUCUUUCAUCAUUGCUUACUGUCCAAAAAUUGAAGUCUGCCAGAGACAUUGAAUGGCUUAUACAAAACAAACUACCAGUUGGUUGUGAUAACAGUAGUACCUUUGUAAAGAACUACUUGGUCCAAGUGUACAAUUUUCCUAGGCAACAAGUUGUAGAUGUUGACAAUGAACAAGACAUUGUGGAAAAGUUCAAGAGCAAACAAAUUUCUGCUCUCUUUAUUGAAAGCCCAUAUGAGAAGGUUUUCUUGAAUAAAUACUGCAAAGAUUACACUGCAACUACAGCAGCAUAUAAAUUUGGAGGAAUGGGAUUUGUAUUUCAAAAAGGGGCUCCAAUAGCAAGAGACUUUUCUGAAGCAAUUUUAACACUAGCAGAAAAUGGAAACCUAAAACAUUUGGAAGAGACUUGGUUAACACCUUCUACUGAAUGCUCAACCAACUCAGCAUCUCCAGAAACGGAGAGUCUGACCCUUGCCAAAUUCUUGGGACUAUAUAUCAUAUGUGCUGCCACUUCCACCAUCUGCAUAUUACUAGCUUUAUUGAGGAAAUAUUUCCAUAACCAUAAUCACUAUGAUGAGCAAGCUCAACUUCCUCAAGGAAAUGUAAUUGCCGAAUCUGAUGAUGAAAAUAAUAACAAUGACAUGAAGAGAUCAAUUAGAAAUGGUACAGGCCUGUACAAUGGGAAUCUCAUCAUGACAUUAAAUAAAGCUGCCUCUUUUGGUGGAUCUGUAUUACAAGGUAUACGUCAUCGAAAUUCACCAAGGCAGGAGAAUGUAAGUGAUUCUGAUGAACCGAUCAAUCCACAACGAUCCCAAUCAGCUGUCAUAGAAAUGAUAUAAUGUCACAAACUUACAUACUUUGAUUAUAAUUCAUCAUAUGUAAUAGAUUCACAUGUUCUGUA